GCGGAGAGGGGGCCCCAUGAUUGGCGUUUAGACUUGAAGUCGGAAUGUCCCCCCGCCCUCCACCCCUUCUUGGACAGACAGACGACAGCCUCAAUUCGGAUCGAGAAGCGGAACAGCAUGGAGGGUGUUGAUCUGCCCCAGCUUCUGAUUCAACUGCGUCAAUGCCGAAUGGGCAUCAUUUCAACAGCCCAGCAACUCCGCUACUCCUACGUGGCCAUCGUGGAAGGUGGCAAGCUCCUUCUUUCGACGCCGCCCGAGGAACGACCUGCUCUUGUGGUAUGCUUCCCGGAGCAUGGCAAGGUCUGUUCAGGCGACGGCGACGACACGUCAGACAGUGAUGACGAGGCCGACGGUGAAGCCGAGGACGAGGUGGAGUUGGACAUUCAGGACGACGAGCGAGAGAUCCUGAAGCACCUGCGCCUGCGCGCGGCUGCUCGAGGCGUAUCUUUUCAGCCGAACUACCUCUUUGCCGUGGACUCGUCGUCCUCGUCCACGGAAGACGACGAUGAGGUGGAACUUGUGGAACUGCUGAACCAGCGUCACCGGAAGCCACACCACCUGCACAACCCACACCGCGGCCACCAAGUUGGCACGGCCGAAUUCGAGGAGGUGCACGACUCGGGAGUCGAAGAAAGCUCGACAAUGCCUGUCGGUUCGCCACCAGCGGAGAGCAACACGAACCCCGAGGUGACGGAGAACACUUCCACGGUUUCGCCGAACGAGCCAGCGCUGCCGCCGUCGCUGGACGCUGAGCCUUCAGCUGAAGGCGACUCCGACGACGGCAGCGACGGCGAGGACGGGACCUCGGAUGAGGCGGAGGAGGAGGAGGCCGAGGCGGUGCACCUGCAAGCCGCGGCGCUGGAGGCGAUUCGUCAGCGUCACGAGGCGCGCCUCGCCCGCCAAGCACAGACGCGCGCCCGGCUAGCGGAGAUUUCGGCGCGAAUGCAGGCCAAGGACAUGCUGCGUCGUCGGUGGAUCCCCAUGCGCAUCGCCUACCCCCUUCGACGCUGGUUUGUCCAGUCGGGCCACUUCAACAACCUCACCGAGGCCACUCUCUUCAGCCUCGGCGUGUUUUCACUCCUCGUUGCUCUGGCUGUUGGUCUGUGGUGGCAACGCAUAGUAAUUCACUGCAUUGUGCAGCCACGCACACGUGACCAUUUAAAGGGGCGUGGCAGAGCCACGUGCGAUGCCCACGCAUCGAUUGCGCCCAAAGGCUUGCUGGAAGUCCUCCCACAAGCACCCAUGAAGUCCAGCUUCGAGGAUCCUUGUGUUCGGUUGGCUCAUUACGGCGACAUCACUGAGCACAACUCAAAUCCAGUAACAUUCGACGGUGCCAGUCAUGGAACCACGAGGGCCUAUAGUUCAGGGGCUUCGCACUACCACAUCUACGAUUUGGAACGCCAGCGGACACGCUUGAUUCACAAGCAGACCCUCAGCCACAUGAAGGCCACCCUUGGUAUGACCCCCGGUGACGCGAUGGAACGCAUUAAGACAAGUCUCUCAGCGGCCACGAGCCCACUUGACCGAAAUGUGCGCCGUCUCGCGCCCAAAUCCAUUUCCUCUGGACAGAGUACACGUCUCCAGAGAUUUGUUAUUCGUCCGCGCGAACACCCACUUGUAAAGAUUGAAGCUCAGCGGAGCGAGGGUAAUAGCCUUAAGGAGUCAGAAAGCGCUCCAUUAGCAGCCGACACGACCUCCCAAUGUGGACGUUCAACCACACCCAUUCGUAGAGCCUCAAACAACAGCAAAGUCACUCGUGGAGUAACCCUUUUCCCUUCGCUGCUCAAAGCCGUGAACCCUCAGGGGGCUACUGAGCGCUACGAAUCCGGUGAUGACCACUGCACCCUUAGUUUGACGACCUCGAAUAUCUCUGGAAUGUUCCAAAGAGGCUCGCAGACCUCGACAUGUUCACUGCCAAGAGAUUUUCCCUCCUGCCUAAGCACAGCCAUGGAAAGUGGCAGCUACCUAGGCCAGUCCACACCAAGGGAUUGCACUGACGGUAACUACCAAUCACACGUGUACCCCGCAGCCAAUCAGCUGCCGGAUCACCUUGACGUCACCAAAACCUCCCCUAUCGAGGUCUCGGACAUGCUUUCGCCAGCUGUCAAUACAAAUUCUUGUACAGGGAGUAUGUUGGAGUAUCCACACAAGCAGCAUGCGGUGUGUAGCAAGACGGUGGUUGUGAUUGACGACACGGCAACGGGAGUUGGCGGAGCCAAUCACGUGACGGCUGCCAAUGGCAUCACCGGUUCAGACGCCACACCCAGACAGAGCGCGUACAAGGAACCAAACGGGCCCAACGUACACAGGAAGGUCCACCUCGCGAUCCUGGUUCACCCUACAGCGACGCCCUCGAAUUACCAUGGUACCCCGGGGGGCUACCAUCGCGGGGUCCUGACCAAUUCAAUCAACACGUCCACAACCGAGUGCAACCUAAAUUUGACUAGCUCCACGUUCGCGAGCGAGGAGAUCACCGCAGACCAGGGUUCCAGUGUCUUCGACGACCAACGAACUGACGUCUCUGAGGACUACGAGGACGAGACGAUCCAGCCACCGGAAGAAGCCCUCGUGGACACCGGGCCGAUCCCCGUGCCUCGUCUGUCACCGAUUUCUGAAUGCACCAUCACCACGAGACCAUCAAGUCCUGUGAGCCAGAACAAUGAGAACUGUGACCUGGAGGGGGUUGAUGCUAUCGUGAAGUCGCCGCUCUGUGCGUCACCAGUAGUGGUGGAGUGUGGGGUGACGAGGAUUCAGUCACCCCCACAACCCGUAGCUACGAGGGUGCUGGUUGAGAAACCCUCUGAAGAUGUGGUCACCGAGGAAGCCUGCACUUCAAUCUCCCCGGUUCCUUGGGAGGCAGAGAAAACGAGUUCACUGUCAGAACCUGUUGACUCAUCUGUGGCUCUGCAAUGCUUACAAGGCCAUUGGCUACCUGUAGUCAUCUCACAGCAACUCUUCGCAUCCAGUCGCGAGGAGGUCAAAGUCGAACCGGCCAAUGAAGGUUCUUCAGAUCGAAUUAAAGCCUGUUGGGUUAUUCCUACUAUAGCGGCAAAAACAGUCCUCCUUAAUGAUGGCUUCUUCGUAGCUGAGGUUGGCGGCCAUCUUGUGUGCGAGGAGUGCACGAUUAGUCCCCCACGGAGACCGCAGGAGGUCUCCGUGUGUGCCGAGGGUUGUGCUGUCGCAUUCCACAGCCCCACAAGUGUCUUUAUGCCCGCGGUGUCCCUCCAAUGUGCUGAAGAAGUAAGCACCACAGAUCGCUGGCUCCGAAAAAGGAAAAAGCGAGCCGUGCUCGGCGAAGAACCCACAUCCACAGAGUGGGCCAUCAAGCACACAAACCUCUCCACAGAAGGCCUGGGAGUGGUGCUGGUGCACACCGUGCCGAGGGUGUCGUCGAGCGAGACCAUUCGUAUCUCCUUGAACCAACGAGCUUGCAGUCCCACAGGGAGGACCACCAUCGGUCUUUCGAUGUCAACCGCCAAUCAGAACAACGCUUCUCUGAAGAUUUCGGGAUUGCAAGAGGCAGACAUUAGAAUUGUCCUACGAAGGUACAGUCUGACUGAAAGCAAAGCGGAAUAA